CUUUGUAAGUUAUAAAAACUAGUAUUGAGCUUGUGAUUCCAAGUUUGUGUUUGUGCAGCCCUGGUCAGCUAGAGUUUCAUCAUUUGACUGUUGUUUAGAUGUUUAUUGUCGCACAAGAAAUGUAUUUAAUUAUAUAAUCGCGAUAUAGAGAGACAGCUGGGCAGCACGGUAAUGGCAUCAAUUGAUACAAGCAAGCGUAAACCCAGACGCACACACGGCACACCGUCAUUUACAUAUCGUAAUCGUUUUGCCUACGCUCUACUUGCCGCCGGUUCGGUGCUUUUCGGGAUUUGGAGCCUGACGCCCAUGCAACGCAUUGCCAACGAGCGGUUGUGCAAGGACCUGCUGACAGUCACCGAGCAGGAAAAAGAUCGCCACGCAUUGUUCGACUUCUCUGCGCCGCGGCCCGCAAAGUUCAUCCGAGAAGCCAUUGAGGAGGGCGAGAAAUUGCGCACGGAACGCUAAAAAGCUACAACAACAAAAAUGGACAGACAAACACGCCGUGCAAACUUUAAGAAACUACAAGAACCCGCGAACACAAAGCUGCGGUAGGAGCUUCACUUAGUUGUGUUUUAGUUAUUAACUAAUAAAAUGUUCG